GGUAGCGUUUCCUGUGUUUGUAAACUGACAAAAAACUGUAAGACCGAUAAGAUAGACUGAUCUGCAAACUACCUUAGAAGGAAGGCGUGAGCCCCCCCUGAUGAGUGGGGUCUGUGAGGGUCUAUCACACACACUCCCUUCUGUCCUGCCCCGUCCUCAGUCUCCCCCCCUUCACACGCACUCACUACUCCCACCUCACCCCCUGCCUGGCGAUGUCAAACCAUAACGGCAAUGUCCGAGACCAUAUGAAAUGGGCUGGGCUACUGGGCUGUGAGGCGGUGCUGUCUAGCAUGGCUCUCAUGCAGGCCAACUCCAUGUCGUCUGGCGGCCACAACAACAACAACAGCAAGAAGAUGGUGACACCCCUGGGGCCCGGACAGAGGGACAACCAGGAGGGGGGACACAGUCACGGCCACAGCCACGGCCAUAACCACCACACUCAUGGCCACGGGCAUGGGCACAGCCACGGACACGGGCAUAACCACGGGCACGGGCAUAACCACAGCCACGGGCACGGACACAGCCACAUGGUGCUGCCAUCGGGAGUCAGCUGCUCGCCUGUGGUGAGACAGUCGCAGAACGCCGCGGAGCAUAUGAUCCGUAAGGACGGCGAGUUCCCCUCGUCACGUCUGCUAGACGAGAAGGAGAUGCGGGCCAGCCAGAGCCAGAACAUGCAGCCCAAGAAGAAGCACCGCAAGUCGGGCACGCCCAACAAGCUGCGCGACCAGCAGAAACAGCAGCAGCAGCAGCCGCCACCACAGGCAAGUGCAGCGCACUGUGACUGGGAGACGGGAAUAAUAUCGCCCAGCAAACUUGACGAGAAACCACAGAUCGAGGUGCCAGACAUCAGCCUGAGUGAGGAGGACCUGGCGAAGUUGCAGAAGAACUUCAUCUGUGAGCACUGCUACGGAGCCUUCAGGAGCAGCUACCACCUGAAACGACACAUCCUCACACACACAGGUGAGAAGAACUUCAUCUGUGAGGAGUGCUAUGGGGCCUUCGGAAGCAGCUACCACCUGAAACGACACAUCCUCACACACACAGGUGAGAAGACCUUCAUCUGCGAGCACUGCUACGCGGCCUUCGGAAGCAACUACCACCUCAAGAGACACCACCUCACACACACAGGAGAGAAGCCUUUUAGCUGUGACAUGUGUGACAUGCGGUUCAUCCAGCGCUACCACCUGGAGAGACACAAGAGGGUGCACAGCGGGGAGAAACCUUACCAGUGCGACCGCUGCCACCAGAACUUCUCCCGUACGGACCGUCUGCUGCGGCACCGGCGCCUGUGCUCGGUGGGCAUCGCCAAGGAGGAGAGCCCGUCGUGCUGCGACGGCCGCCCCUACUCCGCCGAGCCCCCCAGCGGCCAGCACCCGUCCUCCUGGAGCCCCCUGCCCUCCCCCAACGGGCGCCUGGCUGUCUGACAGCCCCUCUCUGCACCCGCAGAACACAACCAGCUAGCCUGUCUGUCACCAGCCACUACCACCACCACCACCACCAGCCCUACGUCCUCCACACCUUCAUCAGGAUCGUCAUCACCGUCAUCAUCAUCCUCGUCAUCCUCAUCAUCACCACUACUAGAACCAGAGGAGUCACUCCUGUUACCAAAACUAGAACCAGACGAGCUGCUACUGGUACCGAAACUAGAACCGGAUGAGUUGCUCCUGGUACCGAAACUAGAACCCGAGGAGCCUCUGUUGAUCCCGGUACCGGAGCAGCCGUCGCGCUCCCUCGAUCCCUCCAUCCCACCAGCCAUACAGCUCUCCCUCACACUCUGACAGCACAAGGUUGCCAUGGAGAUAGUUUGGCAAGCACAGAUACACAUAUACAGACACAGACAUAAAUGUACACAUGGACAUAAACCUCCACACACACACACACACACACACACACACACACACACACACACACACACACACACACACACACACACACACACACACACACACACACACACAGCCAGUUGUCAAAGGUGAAGCUCCAUCCAGUGGACCAGGCCACAGCAGGCCAGCUGGUUGCCGUCGUGGUGCAUAAUAUACACUAGAUCCAGAUGGACUGUUAGUCAGUCAGUCUCUCCCUCCCACCCCUCAUUCAGACUUGAUGGGAUGGCCUGUUAUUCGGUCAGUAUCCUGCCCACCCUUCAUCUAUUCUAGACUGAUGGGACGGACUGUUCUUCAGUCAAUCCCGUUUCUUCCUCCCAUUCAGACUGACGAACAAUGCAGAUGUUUUCUUUUUUCUUCUUUUUUUUUUAACUCAUUGUUAACAGACAUCUCAACAACAACAACAAAAAACUCUUUCACGGUCACUACUACUAGUUUGUUACAUAGUUGGUACUGAUGAAGCUAGAUUUUUUCUGGACGAGCUCAAUUGUGUUGUCACAUCAUUGGCAAUAAUGUCUUCUUCUUCACCCCUUGUGAACUUUCAUGGUAAAUAGUAAAUGUUUCAGUUGGAAAGCUGCCGCGGGUGAAAUGUUCCGGAACAUUCUUUGGCAGUUGCGUGGGAGCUGCUGAGGUUUCUACGUGUCUGCCUGUUGGAGUCAGAACUCUGUGCACCUGACCGGCUCCUAGAACCAUCUGGAGACAUACAGCUGGACAGCUGCAUGGUGUUCCCACCUCCCACCACUCUCUCUAUCAUGGAAAAUAAGGAACCCUGCUGAUACUGACGACUGCAGACAGCGAGAACACGCAGUAGAAUGAAACGUGGCCUUCAUUUUGACCUGUUAAGAAGAAUUCACAACCCCCUCUCUUAAUUCAUUUCUCUCUCUCUCUAUCGCUCUCUUUCUCUCGCUCUCGCUCUCUCUCUCUUUCUCUCUCUCUCUCUCUCUCUCUCUCUCUCUCUCUCUCUGUCUCUCUCUGUUUGCAGUGAUCCAGUUGCUCUUAACUGAAACGGUGUUUGUAGAUCCAGUUCUUGUUACUGUGAGCGUGGUAGACAACAAUACUAAUGUUACUCCUGAAGGGAAGGUUUGAUGCUCACUGACUCCAGUUAUUGACUGGCAGAUGGAGCAGAGACUCUUAAAAGAUGGACAGCUGCCAAGUGCCAUUGAUUACUUAUUGAUUUCACCCCUCACCCACCUGCCUGGCCAACUAAUAGGAAGCCUUCAUUGCUGUCUUUUAUGUUUUUGUUUUGUUGUGUCUUGAGUUCUCGGUAACUUGUGGUUCAUGGUUGUUUUAAAUGGAAAAGAUUCAGACACUUGUGCCCACUUUGCAUAUUGAAGUCGGGCUUCUAGAGUGAUAUUGUUGAGAUUGUAGCGGUGCCAUUGCUCAAAUGAUGGUUAAGUCAUGGCAAUGGGGCACCUAAGUCACGCCCUCUACUUCCUGGUUCAUGGGGCAGAGGGAGUCAAAAAAUGAUUACUGGGCUUGAAAAUGAGUGAUUUUUGGAUUUGUGGUACAUAGGUGGAGGUCCAAGGUUUGGAUUGGUGUCAAAAAAACACUAAUUUUCAAGCCCAGUAAUUAUUUUUUGACUCCCCCCUGCCCCAUGAACCAGGAAGUAGAGGGCGUGACUUAGGUGCCCCAUUCAACGCAGACUAUAGACACCAGUGGGGGUAUUCCAGAGAACAGGUCCUCCCUGUAUAUGUUAAUACUGAGUAGCUGAUAAUCUGGCUAAUAGAUGAGUCUUCUGACUUCUUUGUCAUGGUGAAACAAAGUCCAACUGGUCAUUUAUUAGAAGAUUUACAACUUACGUUUAGAGUGAACUUGGUUAUUAUUUAAUCAUGUUUUCGGAAUAUCCCUGAUACAGUUUUAAUUAGUUUUAUUUUAUUAUUUUUCCCAAAAGCACUGGAUUCAUGAAGCCAAAACUAGGCAAGACCUGCUCUCUUAUAGGUGUGUCCUCCAUUUCGUAGAUCACUGCUAUUUGUUUAAUUUAAGACUGCUUUUUUUUCUUUUCCUGAUCAGUGUUGUAUGAAGUCAGUGUAGGUCACGUACCAGGUGAUGGCUAUUAGCUCCUUGCUCAGACCACAGGCCGUUCCUUUUUACCUGCUGAAUUUUAAGUUAAUAUAUAUUUUUUUAACUUUCAAAAGAAGAAAAAAAAACAAUAUUCUUAGAACAUGUAGAGUAGAGAGAAAAUAGUAGGAUGUUCUUGUUUUCUUUUUUUAUUGUUUUGGUUUUUAGAAAGUAGUUUUGCAUGACAUUUAAACAUCCCCUGGACUGUACAGCAAAAAGACUUUUUGUUCCUUAACUUUCUUUUUCUUUUUUAAAGGAAAAAAAAUGUAUUCGGGUAAACAUUUUUGUUUUUGUUUGAAAAAAAAAAAAAGUCUGAUUAAUUUCAUUUCUGUUGCUCCUAAACAAUGAAGUGAAUGACCCUAGAGUAGCCAGUGAACAUUUUAGGGCCCAAAACAGAAACUAAAUAAAGUGUUUCCCUCUUUUUAAA